CUAUUCUCACACACAUGCACUGCCUACAUUUUCUGCUUUACUCCUGACCAUGUACGCACAUCGUCGCAUUGGACAUGCUAUAAAAUAAAAUUUGGCACUAUAACUAUGGUAUAGACAACAGUAUAAUACCUUUAGUCAAGUGUUGCUUUUUUCGCUGCUAUAUGAUUUGCUUUUAACACCUAUAUAGGUCAAGCUAGCGUAGACUAUUAUAUAUAUAGAGUUCCUCAUAAUUUAUACUGUACGAAAAUGUGCAGUGGGAAAGUUCUCAUAUUGGUUGUCUUUGCAACAUGUUUAAAGCCUUCAUUUGCCCAAGAUUCCUGCUCGGAUGGAGACGUGAGAUUGGUCGAUGGGACCAACACACGUGAGGGUCGUGUGGAGGUGUGCAAUGUUGGAGCAUGGGGCACAGUCUGUGAUGAUUUUUGGAGUAUCAAUGAUGGACAUGUUGUGUGCAUGCAACUUGGACUGGGAAACGCCGCAUCUGUACAUUUACAUGCAUUCUUUGGACAAGGAACUGGACAUAUUCUCCUGGAUAACCUCGUGUGUACUGGCACUGAGGCCACUCUGUUUGAUUGUCCCCACAAUGGAGUGGGUAAUCACAACUGUCUCCAUUCUGAGGAUGCUGGAGUUACCUGUACAGUUCCCAUGGUGAUGAUAUCAAGUCAUCCAACGAACAUGUUGAAUGUCAAUGCUGGUACCGACGUUAGUUUCUCUGUCACUGCUAUGGGAGGAGAGCUGGUUUAUCAAUGGAUGAAAGAUGGAGUGGACAUUGUAAAUACUCAAUUUAAAUACACCGGCACAGACAGUAACUCUCUGACAGUGCUCAGUGUGAAUGAUCCUGAUGAUGAGGGGGCUUACUCUGUAACUGUGGGUAACGCUGCUGUAACUGUCACCUCAAAUAAUGCUACACUUUCGAUAGUUGACUGUACUCCACUGACUGGUCCAACUGGAGGUGCCAUAUCGUACUCUACCGGUGCUCUUAGCAAUGGUAACUACCCGACUGGAACAGUAGCAGACUACAACUGCACUCUGGGAGAGUUGUUCAAUGGAGACGCCACAAGGCAUUGUCUAGCUGGGGGCACUUGGAGUGGAAGUGAACCAUUUUGCUCAGAUGUCUGUCCUGAACUUAGUGUGGAAGGUAGUUUAAUAAACUACUCUCCUGGCGCUAACAUCAAUGGAAACUUUUCCAUUGGGACGUCAGCUUCUUUUGUGUGUACCACUACUGGUGAGGGUUUGAUUGGUGCUUCCAUGAUUACCUGUUUGACUAGACUUGGUGCCACCAAUGGCAUAGGGGCAUGGAGCAGGACACCGUCAUGUGACCCUAUCCAGUGCCCGUCUUUAGCAUCCAUUGAUAAUGCCGUCAUCAGCUACAACCCUGUUGGUACUGAACCCUUUGGGUUUAAUACUGAGGCCACUCACACUUGUGCCAUUGGCUACUACUUGAGCAGUGGGAGUGAUGUGAGGGUGUGUGAGGGAAAUGACUCUAGUACUGCUGGAACUUGGAGUGGUACUGCUCCGGGAUGUUCAGCCAAUCUCCCAGUCAUCACCAGUGAGCCCAGUGAUCUCCUAGUUAGCGAAGGGACAACUGUUCAGUUCUCUGUGACUGCUGAAGGUGCUAACUUGACUUACCAGUGGAUGAAUGGAGCUGGAGAUCUUUCCGACAUGAUAGGGAAUAUAUCGGGAGCUACCACGGCAACCUUGACAAUCGUAAAUGUUGGCUUGUCUGAUGUUGGUGUGUAUUCAGUCCGAGUUAGUAACAGUGCUGGUGACGUUAAUUCAACUAUGCCUAAUCUAAUUAUAGUGGACCUUCCUGUGAUCACUUUGCAGCCGAUGAGUACGGGAGUGGGGGAGGGUGCUAGUGUCACUUUUAAUGUAUCAGCAUCUUCGGGGGAUGGUAUUCUCAACUAUCAGUGGCUAAAGAAUGGGUUUGAGAUGCCAGGAGAAACAUCCUCCACUCUGGUACUCUCUUCUGUCAUGGAUGAUGAUGAGGGAGCUUAUAGUGUCAAUGUCACCAACAGCCUCUUGUCAACCUCAUCCGAUAUUGCUACGCUGACAGUUGGUUGUGCCCUAAACGUCCUCGGAACAAGCCCCUCCUCUCACACUGGACCUGGCUCUGUCUCUGUGCCCAAUGGAGUGAUUUACUACAAUGGUGUUGUACCUGGGUCCAUUGCAUAUCUGUCAUGUGACGAGGGCUACUCUUUAAAUGAAGAUACAGUAAAUCGAACAUGCCUAACGAACGAUACAUGGAGCGAGAUUUCUCAAAGUUGUGUUACACUACCAUCCUCAUUUGCGAGUUCAAUUCUAACUACGGGAGGGUCGAUUGCAUUGUCAAUAGUUCUGACUUUCUUUGUUGCACUGGCACUCGGCAUUCUUAUUGCUUUACUGGCUUUGCUGCUGUUCAAGAAAUCCCAUGUAAAGUCAUUCGAUCCAGCUUCGAAUUCGCAUCAAAUGGAUGCUGUGCAAAAUGAGUACUCUGGUGAUGUGAAGAAGAAUGACUAUGUGGAGCUUGAGCCUAGCUUUCAAGACACAGACACAGCUGUAACUGUUGAAGUGAAUAUCGCGAUGGGUGGUCAUUAAUACAAGCACUUGUAUAUAAUUUUACUUGUGUUGCAUUAACAUAUAUAGCUGAAAUAGCUGAAUAGUUAUAACCAUUAUGAGUGUUUCUAGAGAGUAUAGUCUAACUCUUAAUUUAGUUUUAUAUUCUGUUUAUACAUUAUUAAUAUAAUACACAAACUAAAAUUAAAAUGUGAAGAUAUUUACCAUCCACAACCACUGUAGUAAAUUCUGUUCCUAAUGCA